AUGUCUGUAAGGGUCGUCGCACGAAUACGUCCGCUGCUGGAAAGCGAGCUGGACAAGGACAUCAUCGUCACCGCCGCCAGUAAUGACGAUAGAAAGACCAGCAAUGUCGUCAAGAUCCCAAGUCCGAAGAAUGAGGCAGAGGAGUUCUCCUUUGCCUUCAACAGCGUCUACGACAACCAGGCUACCCAGGAACACUUGUUUACAGCAGAAGUCGCUCCUCACCUGAAAUCCCUCUUCCAAGGCCUCGACGUGACGAUCUUCGCCUAUGGUGUUACCGGAACCGGAAAGACACAUACAAUGCGUGGCGGGUUGAAACUGGCGGAGCGCGGCGUCAUCCCUCGACUCCUUAGUGGUGUCUUUCGUAGAGCAAAGAAGAUCACCAAGGACUCAGGGGGCGACACCACCGUGUCUGUCGCGCUUUCUUACUACGAGAUCUACAACGACAAGGUCUUCGACCUCCUCGAACCGCUCGAGAAGCGAACGCCCUCGGGUCUGCCCCUACGCGCCGAGGCCAAUGGCAAGACAGUCGUCGCGGGUCUGUCGGAGCGCCCUUGCGAGGAGCUGAAGGAUUUCGAACGCUUAUAUAUCGAGUCCAACAUCAACCGCGUGACGGCAGCCACCAAGCUCAACGCGCACAGCAGCAGAAGUCACGCGAUCCUGCGGGUGAAGGUCACACAGGUUACUGGAGAUAUGGUUCAUGAGAGCACGGCUUCAGCCAUUGAUUUGGCUGGAUCCGAAGAUAACCGACGGACUGACAAUGGCAAAGAGAGACUCGUCGAGUCUGCUGCAAUCAACAAGAGUUUGUUCGUGCUAAGCCAGUGCAUAGAUGCCAUCUCCAGAGGCGAGCGCCGCAUUCCUUUCAGGGAAUCCAAGAUGACGCGCAUCCUUUCCCUUGGCCAGAACAACGGCAUUACCAUCAUGAUCCUCAACCUUGCUCCACUGCGCAGCUACCACCUCGAUACACUCAGCAGUCUCAAUGUCAGCUCAAGAGCGAAGCGAAUCGAAGUGCGGGAGAUUGAGAAUGAGAUUGUCUACAAACAAGCGCCGCGGAUGAACUCGAACUCGUCCGCCACAGGCAUGGCUCGCCAGCCUCUGCGGCCGCUGGCCAAUGCGCAUAACAUUCAUUCGGGAGCGGUAGCAGCAGCGGCGGCAGCAGAGUCCAAACCUUCCGACCGUCCAGUCAAGGCCUUCAAUGUCUAUACCGAUAAGUUGAAGCCUAUACCGACAUCUCGACCCGGCGCGAACACUGCUAUCAAGCGAACCUCCAACACCAAUACACAGAAGCGGAUUUCCGAGUCAGAUGGUGGUAGCCGACCUUCCAAGAUCACUCGCCCAGAGAUCCCACGUCCGACCCUUGUGCCUCGGCACGCGAAACCCUCCCAGCCAGCGAUAUCGGCAGAUCUGAUCGAGGCGAUGGUGGAGAAGAAAGUCAGUGAGAUCCUGGCUUCCCGGACUCAGUCUGCACCAGUGCCGCCGGAGGUCAACGACGAGGUACAGAAGCGCCUCGAGGCUUUGGAGAGGCGUAUUGAAGACGGACGGCAUGACGACACGCGCUCGGAGGGUUUACGUUUUCUGCUAAUGGCGCGGCAACGCAAGGAGCGUGGUCAAGAUGCCAGCGCACUGAAGAUGUACGAGAUGGCAUUGCCGUUCUUCCCAGGUCAGGCGAAGCUCAUCGGCAAAAUCGAGAAGCUAAAAGCUCGACUUGAGGAUAAGAAGGACGGCCGUGACAUGGAAGCCAGCGAUCUGAGAGAUGACGAUGAGCAACCCGUCGAGAGGAAAGCCAAAAAGUCCAGCCGAAAGGCUGAAGACAUCGACGACUACAUCGGCGCUGAGGCAGACGUUGAUGACGAGAGCUUCGUAGGGAGGAAGAAGAAGGGCAAGAAGUCACGAGCCGUGAAAGUAGCGCCUAUAUCCACGAUAGAGGAUGGACCAUCGUCACAGGACCUGUUGGAUAUCAUCAACUCGAGGGAUGUCGCCAUGAUCAUGAGUCUGCAAGGGUUCGGACCCAAAAAGGCAAGGGACCUGGUGGAUUACCUGGAGUUGAUGUCCGAGGGAGAUGGUGGUCUCAUCGCUUCGCUGACACAACUACGCACGAAGAACUCGCCCGCGAACAUCGUGCGCCUGCUCAUCGUCGGCCGCUCCUUCUGGUACUCCGAGGAGGUCGAUGACUCGAUAAGGGCUGAAUACGUACACGCCCGGAAGUCGACGAGUAUCGAAAUCGCCGCGCAUGGGCAGACGUCUUCGGGGGACGGUUGA